AUGUCUUCAAUUCGCAAGAAGUUCGAGCUCCAUGGCCGCAACUACAUUGUCACUGGCGGCGCCAUGGGCAUUGGAUUCGCAAUCACCAAGGACAUCUGCGAAAUGGGUGGCAAUGUGGCCGUAAUCGAUCUAAGGGAAACCCCGCUCGAGGAUGUCUACGGCCUGGCGAAGACCUUCAAUGUCAAGACCAGCUAUCACCAAGCGGACGUCAGUGAUGAGAAGAGUCUUCAGGCUGGUUUCGCCAAAGCAGUGGAGGCGCUCGGGCGCCUUGACGGCAUUGUGACUGCGGCUGGCAUUGCCAUCGACAAGCCGUAUACUGACCAGAAGUGGGAAGAGGUCAACAAAGUCAUUCAGGUCAACAGCAUAGGAACGUUUUUCUCGGGGCAGUUGGCGGUGCAGCAGAUGAAGAAGCAAGGCACGCCGGGCAGCGUCGUCAUGAUUGCUUCCAUCACCUCUCACGUUAAUCUGCCCGGCUACCGAAUGGCGGGCUACAACAUGUCCAAGGGGGGCGUGCGGAUGCUCUCCAAGGCUCUUUCGGCAGAACUGGGGCCGUCGAAGAUCAGGGUGAAUAGCAUUUCACCGGCGUUCAUCGAGACGAACCAGACGAGGACAGCUCGUGAGUACACCAGCAAAGCAGCUGGUGACCUCAUGAACACUGCGCCGCCGCUUGGGAGGAUUGGUACUCCGGAUGAAGUUUCUCCCGCAGUCAUUUACUUAUUGAGCGAUGCAUCGGCCUAUACUACAGGCGCGGAUAUUCUGAUCAGUGGCGGCAUUCACACUGGGCGUGGAGGGGAUUAUGAUAUGUGCUAG